AUGGCCGACUCUACCAAGACCGACACCCCCGCCAACAACGGCGAGGGCUCCUCCAAGGCUGUCCGUGCCGGCGGAUGGACCGAGGGCGAGCGCCUCCAGCUCUUGCUCCGCAUCAUCGCCUCCAUUCUUCCUGACGGUAAGGGCGUGGAGUGGAAGAAGAUAGAGAUGGAGGGCCGCACCCUCAAGGCCAUGCAAGGCCAGUGGACCGCCAUCCAGGCGCAGAUCCGCGACCUGAACAUCAACUCCGACAGCCCUGCCACCCCGGCCAAGCCCCGUGCUCCCCGCAAGAAGACGCCCAAGAAGGCCGCCAAGAGCGACGGCGAUGAGGACGCCAACGACGACGAGGGUGCCGAGGAGGCCGACACCCCCAAGAAGCCCGUGACCCCCCGCAAGCGCGGUGCCGCCGCCACCGCCACUGAUGGAUCGGCCAAGAAGCGCCGCGGAGGAAAGAAGGCCGCUGCCAAGGCCGAGGAGGACGACGAGCAGGAGAAGGAGGAGAAGACCGAUGAGAAGGUCAAGCCCGAGGAGAACGCCGACGAGAAGGAGCAGUAA